CAGGAAGUGAAGGCGCGGAGGAAGGAAGACGUUAAAAAUGGCACGAGAAAGAAGCCCAGCUUUAUGGCUUCACCCUCAACCAAGUGUAACUCGCAAAAUGCCGGUGUGUCACAGAGUACUCUUACUUUUAUGGCUACUCCACUUUUCUUCCGUAUAUUCAGAUAUAACGGACGGGAAUGCGGAGCACUUAAAGCGGGAGCACUCGCUCAUUAAGCCAUAUCAGGGUGUUGGGACAAGUCCGUCGAGUCAGUGGGACUUUUGGGGAAGUACUUUAGUAACCAGCCAGUAUGUGCGUCUGACUCCGGAUGAGAGAAGCAAACAAGGGUCCAUCUGGAAUACAGUGCCCUGUUAUUUGAAGGAUUGGGAGAUGCAUGUGCAGUUUAAAAUUCAUGGAUCGGGAAAGAAGAAUCUGCACGGAGAUGGUUUUGCCAUUUGGUACACGAAAGAGAGGCUACAUCCUGGCCCAGUCUUUGGAAACCAAGACCAUUUUGUAGGCCUGGCUAUUUUUGUGGAUACCUUCCGUAAUGAUCUACAAGGAAUGGAUCGCUCGUUUCCCUAUAUUUCUGCAAUGGUGAAUAACGGGUCCCUGCCAUACGACCACGGGAAAGACGGUCGGUCUACUGAAUUGGGAGGUUGCUCUGUGGAAGUCAGAAACAAAGAUCAUGACACAUACCUGGCUGUUAGAUACUCCAAAGGCAGACUCACGAUUAUGGUAGAUGUAGAUGACAGGAAUGAUUGGAAAGAGUGCAUCGAUAUUGGAGGCGUCCGCCUCCCUACAGGAUACUAUUUUGGUGCUUCUGCAGCCACGGGAGAUCUUUCUGAUAAUCAUGACAUCAUCUCUAUGAAGAUGUACCAGCUGAUGGUAGAACACACUCCUGAGGAGGACAACCAGGACUGGACGAAGAUCGAGCCUAGUGUCAGUCUCCUCAAGUCGCCGAAAGACAAUAUUGAUGAUCCGACGGGAAAUUUCCGAAGCACACCCCUCACUGGCUGGAAGGUCUUCCUGCUUUUGCUGUGCGCCCUUUUGGGAAUCGUGGUUUGCGCCGUUGUUGGCGCCGUGGUCUUUCAGAAGCGUCAGGAGAGGAACAAGAGAUUCUACUAAACAGGAUUUCAAAGAACUCUGGAGAUUGUAGGUGGAAAAACAAUGUGAAUUUUGAACAGCUGCAUACAUGUGGAUAUUGAACUGCACGACUGGAAGGAAUGCGGGUUUGAGUCUAAAGGGUGGUAUUUGUGGCUUCAAAGAAACGUUUCUUUAUGUUGGUCUUUUUGAUUUGGGUCUGCUGAAGUAAAUUACACACUUUCAAUGCGUCAACAGUAGUACAUCUUAAUUUUUUGUGUGUACUCUUUAUAUACUUGAUUUAGCUUCAUUCUCUCAAUCCUUGGUGGUUUUAUUUUUUUAUUGUUUUAACGGUUUCUGCUCUGGAGUGCUGAUGAUUGUUUUUUGUUUUUUUUAUAACCUGUAUGAUUUACUUAAGAGGAUUUUAAUGGACUGCACGAGAAAUCAGACUGAUGAAAAGUGUCCUCUUAAAUUCAUCAAAUCAAUGUAAAUAUGAUUCUGUCCUAAUCCCUAUUCUUUACAGCAUAUUGUUUUUUAACUAUAGGAAACCAAAAAAAGAAAUUUUCAGUUUUAUUACUGCAGGGUAACAAGAGUUCAGCCUUAUGUGAGUUGAGUUGUUUUUCUUACAUCUUUCUGUUCAUUUUGCUUUUUCAAUGCUUGUAAGAAGUUAUUGCAAUGCACUGAUUUACAGUUGUUUCUGAAAGAAGUUCACAUUUAAUUGGGCAGUGAUUGUAAAAUGAUGCUUUUGGUGAGAAAAUAAAGCAGUUACAACAGUUCAA